AUGAAGGCCUCCGCCCUUUACGAGCCAGAGGAAGACGAAGAAAGAUCUGAGUCCGAUACCGAGUAUAAACGCGCAGCUUCGAAAGUUCCUCCGUCCUCUCCACCUAUUCAGAGUUUACGAAUAUCUUCCUCUGUGGCAUCGGCUGAACAGGAUGAGUCCGAAUUGGUCCCACGCUGCUCCCGUGGCACACGAGAUGAGGUGUUCGACGACUUGCGCAGAUCAAUGAAAAAGGAAUCGGUGGAGGCAUAUUCUAAAGUGUUGGAAGAUGCAGCCAGUGAUAUUGCGCCGAUCCCUACGAAUACUAGUGGUGAGAGCUACAAUGUCACACGGAAUGGCAUUGUAACUUGGACUGCGAGAGAGAAGGAGGUGCUCUUUAAUAUUUUGGAUCGGAAGGGUAAAAAUGGCAUCAAGGAAAUCGCAAAGACCAUCGGCACAAAAUCGGAACUGGAGGUUCAGGACCACCUCAAGCUUCUGCACAAGGGCCUGGAGAGACAGCAUCUCAGAGAUCGCCAUAGCCGGACGGUCAUUCUAGGCGAUAUUCCAGCGACCUCGGAAAUAAGUGAAAAAUGUUGUAGAGUUUUGGAUAACCAUGCAGAGUUUCUGUCCCUCGAAGAACAGUAUUCGGAAGACGUUGCUGGGAGACAAAAACAUCACGAUGCGUGGAUCAUCGACCACGAAAAAGCGGAAGAGAUAGAUGAGCAGGUUCGGCGGCAAGGGAACGAAGUCCCCACCAACUCAAGCGUGUAUCUCUCGGCCAGCUUACUCAACAUGAAGAGAUGGAUUCACCUUUCUCAUAGGUUCUUCAUGAAUGCCGGUGGUCCAAGGCUAGAAGAUAACUGGGUCAAUGUUGCCUUUGCAGACGAAACACCAUCAAUGACGGCGGAUGCAUAUGGUGAUUUCUAUUCUCUGGCCAUUAGCGUCACCCGACGCUUGGUCCAGUCGUCGAUUUUCUUUGCCAUGUCACGACUACGGAAUAUGAGAGAUACUGGCAACCUUAAAGCCAAAGUCGUAAAGCCUCGCGAUGUCAAAACAGCUCUCGAGGUGCUUAACAUGAAGCGGGAUUCUUCAGACUUUUGGGUUGGACUGGCUCGGAGAUGCAGCCUAGAAGUCGCAGAUCUUCGCCACAAAAAGGGUUGGAACGCAGUAUGUAUGGACCAUGACGAAGUUGAGGAUGUUUUGUCUGGAAAAAUGUCUAUCGAUGUAAUGUCCGAGAGAAGUGUUUCGCAAGUGAGAUCGGGAAGUCGAUUCCGUGACCGGCGAUCAGACAAUGAGGAUAUGGACGACAACGAUGAUAGCCAUUCUGAUACGAACUCCCGGGCAUCAGCUGAACCAGUAACGGGUGAAGAGGAACAGCCAUCGGACCUAGAGGAUGAGCAUGCAGAGAAUGUGGACCAGAAAAGUAGCGGCCUUGAAGAGCUGCAACUCUGGCAAUUACUUGGCCAGCGAGCGCCAUCCCAGCUCGAAUCACUCGUCAAGGACGAAGAAGUUUCCAAAACAGUACGAAAGCCAGUGGGUGAUCGGAAAACUCAACAAGAAUUGGUUGAUUGGCGCGACAGAACAUUGUACCGGAGCGACUGGGAGGAAUAUGGGAGCGAUACAUUUGAUCUGUAUGAAGAUCUUUCCGAAAACCGCCGGAAAAGACGACGGCUCUGUAACAGUCAACGCAUCGGUACUGAUCCUGCUCAAAGUCAGCAAGGUAGCCAACAAGAUUUCAAAAUGACUCUUCUAAAUGGCGACCACGAUAACACUCAGCCCGAUGCAAUGGACUUGGACGAAAACCCCAGCUCCGGCCCAAUUGCCGAAAACGAAACAACAGAAAACCGGGAUUCAGAACUAGCAGAAAACUUACCCUUUGAUAUGGACGAGAAUGGAGAGUCUGGGUACAAUCCACAUCCCGCAUAUGAUCAUAUCUCCGACCAGCAAGCCAUGGAACCAGAGCCUGAAAGAGAAGAGAGUGGCUCAGAAGCAGAGUCGUACUCAGACUCCCUGAAACUACACCUAAACCCUGAUCGAGAACAAACCAACCCCGAAUCAAAAGAGGAGGAUCAUGGAUCGGACGCAGAUUCAGCGUCAGACUCCCAUCUUGAUAGUGAAAAUGACGCCAAACCAAACACAAGCUUCGAACAAAGCCAGCCAGGCCACGAAUCAGAAUCAGAGUACCAGUCUGACAGUGAUAAUGAUGUGAAACCACACACAAGCCCUACAAGAUUCAAGCAAGAGAGUAUAAAACCCAAUUCAGACGAAGAAUACACGUCCGACGACUCUGAUGAUAAUGUACCUGCCGACCAGCGGCUGGUAAAAACCUACUCAUCUGAUGAAGACAGUGGCAUACCCCUAUAUUCUCGACCAUUGAGUCCAGCCGAUUAG